CAUAAAAACAAGAGAGAAAAUCAAUCCCAAAUUGAAAAAUCAGAAACUUCUAUUCGUCGGCGACUUCAGCAUCGCCGGAAAAUGCAAAUUCCGGCUCACGGUUUUUCUUUCUCCCCCAUACAAGCACAAUGUUCUUGUUUCCUUCCAUUACAGUCAGGUUUUUCGCGAAAGCCCCUAGCCGAAGCCGUCUCCCCUCUUCUUUUCCCUUUUAAAGUAAAUAUUGCUGCGGAAUUCUGUUUUGAUCCUCUUGUUAUUGUGUUGGAUGAUUAUAAUAGGGUGAUUUGCUGUUGAAUCGAAGCAGUUGAGUUUAGAUUGCUUGUUUGGGUGUAGUUGCAUUGCAAUUUUUGUAGAAGGAAUUUUGUUCGAGUUUUGUAGUGAUUUGUUCUCCAGUUAAAUGCCUUUUCCGAUGAGAAUCCAACCGAUCGAUGCGAUCCGGCACGACGUCGUCAAGCCGCCGGUGUUGAAAUCGCGGCUGAAGCGGCUUUUCGACCGUCCGUUCAACAGUGUUAUGAGGAAUUCAUCAGCUGAGAAGCAGGCGCCCGGAGGAGAGAAGGACGGCGGCACGGCACCGGAAUUCGAGCCGAGCUCCGUUUGUUUGGAUAAAAUGGUUCAGAAUUUCAUGGAAGACAACAACGAUAAGCAAUCGAUCGCCUCCGCCGUGAAAUGCGGCCGUCACCGAUGCAACUGCUUCAACGGCAAGAGCAACGACAGCUCCGACGACGAGAUCGAUUUCUUCUCGGACUCGUUAGCAGCGAAUUCAUCUGUCGCUGAUCCCUCCGAUAGUCUCAAGAGCUUGAUUCCCUGCGCGAGCGUGGAGGAGAGAAAUUUACUGGCAGAAACUUCGAGAAUCGUCGAAAAAAACAGCAAAACUUGUAAACGGAAAGACGAAUUGAGAAAAGUGGUCAGCGAUGGGCUUGUUGCUCUUGGAUACAACGCCUCUGUUUGCAAAUCCAAAUGGGAAAAAACUUCUUCUGUUCCAGCUGGGGAGCACGAAUACAUCGAUGUGAUAACGGAAGGCGGAGAGAGGCUAAUAAUCGAAGUGGAUUUCCGAUCGGAAUUCGAGAUCGCGCGAUCAACAGGCGGUUACAAGUCGAUAUUGCAGUGCCUACCGUCGAUCUUCGUCGGGAAAUCCGACCGGCUACUGCAGAUCAUCUCGAUCGCGUCGGAAGCAGCCAGGCAGAGCCUGAAGAAGAAGGGAAUGCACAUCGCGCCGUGGCGCAAAGCCGAGUACAUCAAGUCUAAAUGGCUCGGCCCUCACACACGCACCGCAGCCCCAGACGGCGUCGUUCAGAAGCCCGACGACGUGGCCCGGCCAGGGCACGAAGUCAUUGAAGUUCUAGAGAGCGAGAUGGGGGAGCUGGACCUGAUUUUCGGGGAGGAAACGUCAUUGCCGGAGUCUGGUGGGGAGAAACCGAGUUCGCCGGUGGUUUUCUCCGGCGAAAUUGCGCGGUCUGUGACGUGGCAGUUGCCGGAGCUUAGGCCCAAGAGUUUGGAGAGGGGGAAUAAGAUGGUCGUCACGGGAUUGGCCGCGCUCCUAAAUAAAAAAUAAAUUUUGUUUUUUUAUUUGUUACUUCACUAUUGUAUUUUUUAAUUAAAAAAAUUAGAACAACGAAUAUAUAUCCCCUCGUAAAUCGCUUGUGUGUGUAAAAACGGGAACUCCAACUCCGAGGGUUAAUAUGAGGGAUUUUGGUUUUGUGGUUUUGUAAUUUACUUCUAAGUUCUACACUUCUAUCUAAAGUUUUUAUUUAUUA